AUUUUCAGUCACAUUUCAGUUAAAAAACCCUUCAAACCACAAACAGUUUUUACAUAUUAUAUUAUACCGUUUUAGCGAAAUUUUUUUAGUACGAAAUUAUAGCCGAGUAUUUUUUAAGAAGCAAGCAUGAAAAUCCGAGCCAAGCUAGAGGAGGUCAACAAGAAGUUGAACCUGGCGGCCUGGUACACGGCCAUGUCGGUGGGGCAAGAAAAGCUGUGCGUCGAAAUGCACAAUAUCCUGCGAGAUGACUAUGAGCAGGGAACGGGCCACCACAUGUACCAGGCGCUGCUCACCCUGGGUCUCAAACCGGUGAUAUCCAAGGACAAGAUCAGCCGGAUGGUUCAGCUGAGCAGGAACAACGUCCUAGCAUUCCUUUUCUUCGUUCUAGAGGGGUACUACAAGACCUGUCACAAGGACGGCGUGUUCAGCGUCAACGAGAAGCUCCUUAUGAUCGCCAUUGCCAAGAUUGACUUCCUACCUACGGUACGGGCCUUGGACACCGUCCUGCCGGAGGCAAGGCCCAGCCACUUGGACGUGAAGCGCCAGGAGGCGGAGAAGCGAAAGGCUGAUGAACCAAAGCUGAUCCCAGUUCAAUCGGACGAAUCCGCGCCGCCGAAAAAACAGAAACGGAAGCAAGUAAAGAAGUCUCCCUACUUUAUGGCCCAACCCAAGCCCGUUCCGAGAACCUCCAAUCUGUCCACCACUCUCCCGGACUUCGUGGUGGGCUUCAAGUUCUGGCCAAUCAACGGGCCGCCCAAUUACGGCAAGGAGGAGCCGACGCCUUGGUUCGCCCAGUAUCGCCUUAAUCCCGGCCAGCGUCUGAUCAAGCAAACACUCGACGACACCCUUGAGCGCUACUUCAAGCUGAGCCAGGUCGAGAAAAAAAGCGACGACGAGGCGACGGAGGGCGAGAAAAGCGAGGGGACCAUGUGUCUUGUUCACAGGGGUCUGGUGGUGCAGUCGCAAAUUCUGCGGGACGAGAUGGCGGUGAAGGCGCGCGACCGCUGCCUGGAGCUCAUCGACGUCAGAGAGCCGUAUGCCAAGCUCCGACGAAAGCGGAUCCUGGAACAACUGGAGCACGACAUCGACAUCAUCAUGGAGCGCCAUCGCAAGGCCAUGCACUGCGACCAGACCAAGGUGAUGACCAUCGAUAACUUCAACUGCGUCCUCUGCCAGCAGAUGCUGGUAUCGCAGCCCUGGCCAGAGCCCGGCGUGAAAGUGGGCCGAGCCUUAGUGGGAGAAGAUCAGGAAAUGGCCCACACGGCGGCCACGGACACGUAUCGGGGCAGGAGACUAGAGGGUGGUGGCCAUGAUGAAGAUGAUCAGGACAUGGCUCACACGGCUACCUUGGACACAUAUCGAGGCAGGAGACUAGAGGGUGGCGGAUGCGGCGGUGGCAAGAAAAAGGAUCCCAAGAAGGGCAAGGAAAAGAAGAAGAAGGAAGAGCCCCCACCACCGGAACCGGAUAAUAAAAAGAAGAGACCUGUUAAGAAGGAGCCGCAAUGGAAGCCACCGUCACGCAAGUUGGUAAGUGGAGGAUUCCGGAUGACGGACAUUGAUUUCACAAAGAAGUCGGAGCGGUGCCGGGCGCCGUUACAAGUGUCGGAGUGCUCGCUGCCGCCGGCGCCCAAGAAGAUGGCCAUCUCGUUCUUCCUGGCUCCGGGAAAAAUCGAUGCGAAAGGCCGUGAGUGCGAGAUACGGUGCUCCAGCAAGCGGACCAAAAAGAAGUUCUUCCGCGGAACCCGUACUAACAGACCGUACAAAUUCAAGUACCAGCGGGUCUUUAAGUCCGGCCAACCCAAGCCCUUCGACCUGGACCGGAUUCUGUGUACGUCGUUCGUCAAGGCGUUGGAUAAAUCUGAUUCCGGGCCGUCGGCAGAUUGCGAUUUCGAUUGUUUGGUGUCGGAGAUCAACAUCGAAGACGAGAUACCACCCGGAUCUGAGGAAGAAGCGGGCGAGAAGUGGCCUACCCGACCUGAGCAAAAGAAAGGUACGCCUGCGUUAGCGCAGAUGGAAAAUCAACGACCCCCUGACCUGUUCGACCCGUACGCGGAGCAAUAUACGUCGGAAAGCAGGAGUACCCUGGACCGCUCCAGCGACCACAGCCAGCGCAGCCAUGUCGACCACAAGGCGGAGAUUGUGGAGGCGGUGCUGCGAUGCGCCAAGGCCAUAUUCAAAAAGCAGGAGACGAUCAAACGGGCCGAGAUGGAGCGCGCGGACCGCCUUACAACGCGCAAGGCCCUCGUCUACAAGGAAGGCGAAAAGUACGAUCCCGACGAUGCCGAACAGAUGGACAAGCUUCUCAAGGACGGCUUGCGACUGCUGAGCAAGGAUCAGCGCUUCGUCCUGGCCAGUCUGCCGGACUCGCACAAGAUUCCGCAGCUGCGCGAGUGGAUCAAGCGGCGCUUCGGCAAGGUCUACACCCAUAAAGAGCUGGAGGCCAGCAUAAACGAGGCUAAUAGGAUUUUCGAGAUGGUAUCCCUCGUGCAGGACAGCACCCCUACUCCAGACUUGAUGGGUCUGGACAGGGUGAAGCCGGGCGAGGAGAACUUUGAUCACUACAAGUCCCUCAAGAAAGUGGCUGCCAAGGCUAAGUUGAAGUACUACGACGUCCUAAACUCGAGCUACAUGGCCAGCCUAAACCCUGCUUGGUACGCGAUGGGCAACUACCUCGUGCCGGGUGGACCGCCACGCAAGACCUUCUUCUCUUACAUGGCCUCGAGUCCGCAGGAGAUUAUGCGAAAUAAGGUCUGGAACGGGCAGUUCCGCGACUACCGGCAGCUCCGCUACAAUAGAAUCGAGGCGGCUCGCAUGGGCAAAUGAUAAACACAGAAACAGAUAACAAGUAUAAUACACUAAAUAAUGAAAC